AUGACGAAUGCAGAUUCUCGUGCAUCCCUCCCUGUCCCUGUAAGCUUCCUCGAUGGCGGCCUCGGCACAUCCCUAGAGGACAACUACAGCAUCACCUUUGGCCCAGAAACCCCCCUCUGGUCCUCCCAUCUCCUAGUCUCCGAUCCGUCAACCCUGCUGCGCUGCCAAAAGGAGUUCGGAGACGUCCCCGUCGAUGUCAUCCUCACAGCAACAUACCAAGUCUCGUUGCAAGGUUUCGCAAACACCAAAACUACCGACUAUCCGAAUGGCAUCACGUCGGAACAUGUGCCUCGCUUCCUCGAAACCGCCGUGCAAAUCGCACAACAGGCGAAACAGCCCAGUUGCGGCGUUGCACUAAGCAUUGGCCCGUACGGCGCUUGCAUGGUCCCCAGCCAGGAGUUUAGCGGCAAAUACGACGCCGCCCACGCUUCAGAAGAUGCUCUCUUCGCCUGGCAUCGCGAGAGGAUGCAAGUCUUUGCCGGCAUCAAGGACGUCAAGCAGCGUGUCCGUCACAUCGCCCUCGAAACAGUCCCCCGCCUCGACGAAGUCAUCGCAAUGCGCCGCGCCAUGAGUGCCGUCCCUGGUCUCUCAUCCGGAGUCCCCUUCUGGAUCUCGUGUCUCUUCCCCAAUGAAGACGAAACCACCCCAGACGGAAACUCUCCCGAGGCCGUCAUCCGGGCAAUGCUGGACCCGUCCCUCGCACCGGCAGUCCCGUGGGGCGUGGGCAUCAACUGCACAAAAGUGUGGAAACUCGAUCCCUUGCUGCGUCGAUAUGAAGCUGCAAUUCAUCACUUGCUGCGGGAGGGCCUUGUCGACAAGUGGCCUGCCUUGGUACUGUACCCGGAUGGAACAAACGGCGAAGUGUACAACACAACCACCAUGCAGUGGGAAAUACCGCAAGGCACGGAACAACUAGACAGGGUUCCGUGGGAGACGCAGCUCGCGGAAGUCGUACGGGCUACAGAGGCGAGAGGCGAAUGGCCUCGUAUCAUCGUGGGCGGGUGCUGCAGGGCUGGUCCGAGCGAUAUCCAAAGACUUCGGGGCUGUCUAAGUACUUGA